ACUGAUUUUCUAAACAGCAGCCUGAGAAAUUUCUCCGUCAAUUUAUGUGAAAGUUUCACUAAUAGCAGGCUAAGUGAGCUGUCGAGUGACUGGCGGCUUGAGUUAGGGAUGGUGUACGCAGAUCUAUGAUUGCAGGCGGAUAAGAAAACGACAGCAUUUCACAGCGAAGUUGUGGAGAAAAUCAGCAAGUAUCGGCCGGUCUGGAGUCAAAUUGCACGCUCGGAUUUAUAUUCACUCAUUCAGCAACCGUCGCCCAAACCAGCCGUAAACUUUGACAUUUCACUCUCUGGAACUCGAUAUAAAGAACCCAGCAGACGGGAGCUGUGACAUUUUUGUGGUAUUUUCCAGAAAUUCUUCGCUACGAGUACCUAGUGCUCCGCUGGUUGUUAUUACAGCGAAGGUAUCUCUCUACACAGAGGAUGAUUGGAGUUUGCGUUUGAUGACAGAGCUAUAGCUGUCCAUCUGGACCUCACAUGACAGACAUCCUCCUUUCAUUUCAUAUCUAAACAAAUCCAGCAUCAUGUGUUACGUUGUCAUAACGACCAGAUCUAUCAUUUGGACCCUCCUCACCAUAGCAACGGCAGUGGCAAUGAUCGCCUCGGUGAUCACACCAAAGUGGCUGAUUGGGCGACAACAGAAGCUUGGACUGGAGAGUCUGAAGAACGAAACGCCUUACGAAGUCACGACAAAUGAGGAGUACUUCACGCCGACGAUUGGACUGUUUAACCGCUGCACCAAGCUGCAGAAAUAUGGGCGGAUCUACCACGACAACUGUGCGUCUUUUGUCACGGGCUUUGAUAUGCACCCUGAGGAUUUCCCCAACUACUGGAAAGCCUCUCUGGUGUUCUUUGCCGCAGCUGGUGUCAUGUUGAUAUUCACUGUUGUCACGGCAACAUUCAGUCUCUGUGUCCGGUCCAUGUGUGGGAAAAGUAUUUUUACAGUGUCAGGCUUGAUACAAAGUAUAGCUGGGCUACUCUGCAUCCUGGCGUUGUUGUUGUACCCUGCUGGGUGGGGAUCGGACAGGCUGCAGCAUCUGUGUGGACCCAAGGCCUCGGCGUAUGGCAUUGAUCAGUGCAGUUUAGGCUGGGCCUUCUACCUUUGCAUUGUGGGUACUUUGAUGGUCUUCCUCUGCGCUGUUCUCUCCAUACAAGCUGAAAGUUCGACGUCCUCCCAGAAAGUCGAGGAGGAAAUACUUGAGGGCAAAAAUCUCAUCUGUGUCGUCUAAACAAUGAAGAGCUGGCAAAAAUCUCAUCUGUGUCAUCUAAAUACUGAAGAGCCAGCAAAUCUUGAUCAAAGCCUGAAGUUCUCAGAAACUUUGAUUUUCAGCAGAAACUUUGAUUUUCAGCAGCUACAUCUUAGUGAUGAAUAUCAAUCAGAUGUUAUGAUAAUAUUCAGACUUGUUACAUAUGUUAUUACAAAAUGUUUAUCUCAUGAUCUGUUUCGAAGAUGACAUUUUCCCCCUUGCACUUUGACCUUUGACCUCAUUCUCAUACUGAUUUGUAAAUGUCUGUACUGUCUGUUUCUUCACAUACAUCAGGUUUGUCAGUGUCCAUGUGACUGUUAUAGGUGAUGUAUACUGGAACACUUGAGAUAAUCUUCUACAGAUUACAUGUGGAAUGGUGAUUUGCCUUAGGGCCGUCCAAAACUGCUCUGCCGUCAGGUUUGUCCGUGCGCAUGUGGCCGUUAUAGGUUACCUGCCCUUGUCAAUAUGUU